AUGAUGUUUCUCACAUUCAUUUGCGCUCUCCCGUUCUGCAGGUCUGGCAGUGUGAUGGGCCACUGGAAUGAAAUCUUUGAAUUCGUGAAGAACUUGGCAGAGAAGUUUAAAAGUCCCAUGCUGAGGAUGUCCUUCAUAACAUUCAGCUCCAAAGCAUUCACCAUCAUGAAGCUAACAGAAAACAGAGUGGCUAUCCAAAAGGGCCUGAAUUCUCUGAGGAAAGAGAAACCUGGUGGGGAUACUCUGAUGGACCUGGGGCUGAAGAGUGCAAACGACCAGAUACGCAAGGAAAACUUUGGGACAGCCAGUGUGAUCAUCGCUUUGACAGAUGGUGACCUGCAAGAGCAGCAGCUCUUCGAUGCACAACAGCAGGCAGAGGAUGCCAGACGUCUGGGAGCGAUCGUGUACUGUGUUGGUGUCAAAGACUUUAAUGAAACACAGCUGGCCACCAUUGCGGACACCAUAGAACACGUGUUUCCUGUGCUAGGAGGGUUCCUUGCCCUUAGGGGUGUCAUCGACUCGAUUAUCAAGAAAUCCUGUAUUGAAAUAUUGGCAGCAGAGCCGUCAAGUGUGUGUGCAGGAGAGACAUUUCAAGUCGUGGUGAGAGGAAACGGAUUCCUCCAUGCAAGAAACAUCGACCAGGUGCUCUGCAGCUUCAAAAUCAACGAUACCAUCACAGUCAAUGAAAAGCCUGCUGGUGUAGAAAACACAUUCUUACUGUGUCCAGCUCCUGUCAUCGAUGAGGUUGGAAAGGUGAUUUAUCUCCAAGUGAGCAUGAAUGACGGUCUGUCCUUCAUCGGCAGCAAUGUCCACAUCACCACCACAGAGUGUUUUGAUGGCACCAUCCUGCUGAUAACGCUGCUGGUUUUGUUCCUCCUGCUGGCCCUCCUCUUCAUGUGGUGGUUCUGGCCUCUGUGCUGCACCGUGGUGAUCAAGGAGCCUCCACCUCCUCCUCCUCCUGAGCCUGAGUCAGAUGACGACGAUGGCCUGCCAAAGAAGAAGUGGCCUACUGUGGACGCCUCAUAUUACGGAGGAAGGGGAAUCGGUGGAAUCAAGAGGAUGGAGGUACGAUGGGGCGGUAAAGGCUCCACCGAGGAAGGGGCUAAGCUGGAGAAGCCAAAGAACGCGGUGGUGAAGAUGCCGGAGCAGGAAUACGAACCUUACGAGCCCAAACCCAAGAAAGCUCACAACAAGAAGCCGCCUCAAAACCGCAAGUGGUACACACCCAUCCAGGGUAAACUGGACGCCAUCUGGGCUCUGUUUCGCCGCGGUUAUGACCAGGUUUCCCUGAUGAGACCCCAGCCUGGCGAUCAUGGUCGAUGCAUCAACUUUACAAGAGUAAAAGACGAUUCGGCAGCAACCAAGGCCCCACCCCGUACUCCAAUUCAUGCACCAUCGCCGCCUCCACCGGACUACCGUCCCAUUACCCGCUCCGCCUCCUCGUCUCCUACCUCUUCCAGCCCACCCACCAGAUCGCCACCGUCAGGCCAGGUGCCUCCAGGGCCCCCGCCGUCCCGCACGCCUCCAGGGCCGCCCUGUCCUCCACCAGCCCGUCCUCCACCCUCCCUUCAACCCUAAAUCAUGCAGAGAAGCCUCCUCCGCCCUCCCGCCCUGUCCACUUUGAUAUCACAUUGAUAUUACUACCUGUCUGAGCAUGUGUUUAAUCUUAAAGGAGGUGGUCCUGCUCCCAAGUAUCCUCCUGCCUUCUAGCAAAGAUCAGCUGCAUGCUGAACCUGAGACAUGUGUCUUCUUUCUGUCGUCUGGGAUAGAGUCUCGAGCUAAGAUGCAAGCUCACAACUAUAUGCUCUUGUGCCUUUACAUGGUCAAGUACAGAUUAAGAAUGUGCUUGAGUUGAAUGCUUUCUGUAACUAAUGCCAAAGCAAAUGCUGCAUAAAUCGAUGGGCAAAAACAUUUCUUUGAACUGUGACAUUCUAUCUCACACAGAUCAAAUGCCAUUUCUGAGAUCUUGAAGGAUUGUUGCUGGACAGCAAAGCAAAGAAGAAAGGGAUGUCUAUUGACGUGUAUUGAAAGAUAUUUUAAAAUUGUCUGUCUUUAUCAACUACUGAGUUUUGUGGUUUCUGGUUAUUUUUACCACCUUCUCCAUUUCGUAUCUUUGCAGUUUUGAUGAUCUAGUGCCCAUCUUUUUGGGUCUGUCCCAGUAAGUUUUGUACGGCAUAAAACUCAUGGUUUACUAAGCCAAAAUUCAAUUUUUAAGUAUUUUUAAAACAAAAUUAUUGUAUAGACCCUUUGCAACUGCGUCACUUGAUUAGUUGAGGCGCCAUGAUGGACGUAGUAGUGGUGGACGGGAGUAUUAAACAGAGAAGACUGCCAUUGUUUGCCCAAGUUGUUUUUGCCGGUAUAGCCACAGCUUGCACUCGUUUAAUUCAAGCUAAUUUGUCUGUGGACGUAGCUUACCUAGUCGGGGUUCAUAGAUAGUGGUAUUGACAAAAGUUGGAACUAGUUAGCAGGAAUGGGGGGCUCGAGACUGGUCUUGGCCUCGAGCUCCCCCCACCCAGUGUUGGCUUCGGUCUAUAAUAAAACGUAUGUGAAACCUGCAUAACCGUAAAAAACACACACCAACGCUAAAACAUUGUCUUAGCCACACAAGCUUUAAAUUAAGACACAAACUUUCCUCUUUAGAACGAUAUGAGAGUCGUGGAACUACGUGCAAAACUCACAGAACCAGCAGCCAAUGAAGAGGAAAAACAAGGCUUAUUUCGUCAUGCCAAAAACAUAAAUUCAGUCUUACCUUUGAUGUUUUAUAACCAGAAUUCGUGUUAGCAAAAAUAUUUCCACUUUGUUCCUGCACGCUGUUGUCCUUGCGUCAGCCCUGUUGGCUACGUGAUUUUCGGAAAUCCCACGGCAUCUAUUGGCUCUGGUAGUUUUGGGAAUUCCCCAUGUGAGGCUAUUUGUGUUCCUGUAUGUACUAGGUACAUGUCCAGGAUAUGUUUUAGGAACAGUGAGUUUUUAAACAUCUAAUUAUUUAUGGCUAUAUAUUUUUAUAUGACACAUUUUUAUUAAACUAAUGUCAAAUCUUUUUUCAUUUAACAUGCAACUAUUGUGCAAUAUAAUCUGAUUAAUUCAGUUUAGAGAAUGUGUAUCAAUGUGUGGCUGCAUUUAAGAACUUCAAUAUUAGUUUAUUAUGACCGUUACUAAUUUAAAACCAAGAAGUAGUUUUGGUUGACUUUUUUCCCAUUAAUAUUUGCAUUUUUGGUGUACAAAAAGCAAUGUCCUGAAAUAUUUAUUGAAGUCAAACAUUCAACUUCAGCCUUGAAAGGUAAAGGUAAAGACCUUUUUUUUUUUAAUCAGAAAAAAAGGUUUUUGCGACAAUCCUUUUUUAUCGUAAAAAGGUUUACAAUAAAUUUGCCUGAACUCACACCAUAUGAUUUGUACCACUAUAUCAUAAACGUUGUUUCCCCUUAUACCGACACCAACUUAAAAACAUACAAAAGUCUAUAAGCUUAUUAGUUUUUUUUCGUAUAUUGAGGCUACAUGAUGGUGGGGCAUUUUCUCCAUAGUUAUGGAUGAUUAGACGCAUAGCAUCUCCACAAUGCAAUAUUUGAUCGCAUCUUACUAUUCAUAUUUAUCAAGUAGAUUAUUGCUUAUUUUUUCACAUUGUACCUUUCCUUCUUUCCUCAACAAAAGGUUUACAAUAACAUGACAAGUUUGGUUUGCGUCCUUGUCUGUUUGUGCAGCAUCCCAUGAAAUCAACAAAAUAAAUGCGAUAUUAGGCUACCAACCACCGGUAGUUAAAUUAUGCAUAGGUUGUGUUGACGUCCGUCAUGGUGGAGUGGGUCAGUUUCUGAAGAGUGUGACGUCACGUGCAAAGGGUCAAAUACACUAUGGCUUAAAUAUAUCGGUAUGAAAAAGGUUGUUGAUGAUUAAUACCAAAUAGAAACAGGAACUGACAAAAAAAAAAUGGAAUCCAUUUUUUGGAAUCCAAAAAAUGUAUCCAUUAGGUACAACGUAGCGGUACGAAUUUGUGAAAGGAGCGAGCUGACCCAGAACCAGUUAGGCUGUUGAUGUAAAGGCAAGAAGUAACGUUUUAAAUGAGAUGUACGUGGAUUGGCAAACAGAAGGUUUCGGUGUGGCACUUUUCCACAUUAAAUGCUGCUCAGAGACACCUUAAAGCAGCAAAUUCCAGCGAUUUAUUGGCAUAAAUAUUACAGUGUGUGAUUAAGAUUUGUGGUCCAGUUUUAGCUAAUGGGAGGAUGUGUGUUUUUUGUUAUGUAUUUCAGGUGUGUUUUAAAUGUUAUGUUGAUUGAAAUGUUUUAGGUUUGAAUUUUGGAGGAAGGUGAGAGGAAAUAUAUCAUUUUGUAUGUUUGUUCCUUUUUUUUUUUAUCAUUUUGUUUUGAUAUCUGAGCACAUCGUCUGUUGAGCAUCUAGAGUAUGUGUUUGUUUUGUUAGCAUCUGGAGACUGAAACUAAUGCAAUCAAGCAUCCAGAAAUCAGAAUCAGGUCACUUUUUUUUAUCUUUUUGCCUUUUUCAGUUUUUCUUUUUUUUGUAAAACAUUUUUGAUAUUGUAUUUUAAUGAAGUUCUGUGUAUUUUACGUUUUCAGUUUUGUCAUUCACCACCGGUCACAUUGCAACUGCAGGGCAGUUCAAAGAGCAUCUAAUUUAUUUUACUCCCCGACAGAAAUGCUGGAGAGUAUCGAAACAAUUGACAAGGUGUCCAAUCACUGACAUUGACACUGUGCGAAUUUAAAAAAUACAUUAGCUAUCUGUUAAGAAACUCAUAUUGGGCAUGUCAGCGUUGCAUGGCACUUUAGUUACACUGUAAAACAGGUUGCUUAAACUAACAGGUUCAAUAGGAAUUAAUGUCAUUUAUAUCUGAGAAAGUUCAAAAUGACAAAAAAAAUAAAUUAAUAAAACUGUAUUAUUUUUAGGGCAUUAGCGCAAAAAGUGGGGAGCUGCCAGUGCUGCAGCGCCAGCUUGUCUUAAUCAAGGGAUAUAGCAACUUAACAGAAACAUUACUGUUUAUCAGUACAUAUUGCACUGAUAUUCUAGGCAGCAGCAAAAUUAAUAUCAGGUUUUUUUUAUUAGUUAGUUUUUUUAAUUACUUAAAUAAAACAGUUGAUUUUAGCAAUGACAAAAAAAAAUAUAUAAAAUUAGGCCCCAGCUAAAUUGAUUGAUUUUUUUUUUAAGCAUGGCUGAUGUUAUACCCCUGCCACCACAGUAUAGGCCGACAAAGUUAGUAUUCACACAAUCUCAAAAAUUUUAAAAUUUGGCUAUCAUGGUUUUACACGAUAUUUCCCCCGCAAGAGUUUCUCUAGUUUACAUUAGAGAUUUAAUAUUAAGAGAGUCGGAAUGAAGCAAAAAAAAGUUGUAGAAAAUUCCUUAGAAUCCACUCAGCUGGGAGAAGCUAAUAUUUGAAGGUGACAGCGAGUCUAUGUGUCAUUAUAUUCAGUAUUUUCCAGAUAUCCAGUCUAUACAGAUAUGCCACACACCACAUUUAAAAAAAUAAAAUCUCUGCUUUUAAAAAUAUGUUCUGUUUUAAUUCCAAAAAAUUCUUUGUACAUGGAUUGGAGGAGCAAACAAAGAAGAAACAUGUUUGCAAAAUAUUUGUGUUUUUGUGGACAGUGUAUGAAGCUAGCAGUAGUAGCACAGCACAGCUCAGCUCUACAGGAAUUCAGAAAAAAUGGUUAUUUAGAUCGCCUGGAUGUAAUUGCAACAAAUUUAAGGCUUUUUUGGGAGGCAUUUCUGUUUACGUAUUGGAAAUUAAUAACAACCAUGACAUAAGGUCUAAUCAUCUGGUUGAUUAUGUCUAGAUUGAAUAUUCUUCUGUUAAAUACGUUUUACGUUUUCUUUCGGAAACUUCACCAGUUCUUCCCUCUGACCUGUUAAAGGCUCUAGAGAAGAAGUUUGCCACACUUGUGUCCCAAAGCCUCCUGGGAUUUUUGUUUCAUUUUGCGUAUGUCAGGUAUGAUUUGUAUUAUUUUGAAACAUGGACGUUUCCGCGGUUUUUGUAACAUGCCAACUCACUCACUGUACUCAAAAGUUUCUGUGCUUCAGUUGAAUUAGUUACGAUGUUAUGUUGUAAUCUCCUUGAACAGAACGACACAGACGUGACACUUAGCUUCAUGUCCUUGUCGUCAUUUACACAUUCCUCCUAUUUUGAGUUGUAUCAUUAUCAUUGUCUUUAGCAUGCUUUAAUGACUAAACGUCAGAUUACAUGUAAGUGUAAAAACCUGCUGCAUUUUACAUCAUUGUUCUUCAGGAGCUGGAAUUAGCAUUAAGGCUUCCCAUAACACGGUUACAUUAAGGUUUCUUUUAUGACAAACUAAUUGAUUCAUUCAAAUAUUUUUUUUUUGUUACUUUUUGAAGGAAACUUUUCACAGCUUUUUACAUGAGCAGUAUAACCAGUAGUAUCAAAAACAAUGUAAAAGAUGGUUGAUUUGCUAUUGUUAGCUGAUGACUUUUUUUUUACAGUACCAAUAAAGUUUUGCUCUUAACCUUCUCCUGGAAAAUAAAAAUAAUUUUUGUA